GUGGUUUCCCUGUGACGUCUCAUCUGUUGGCAGGUGGUCAGAAAUGUGCUGUAAGCACUUGUGAAUGUCAGAGUCCAGAUCAGUCUGCAGGAGAGGACCGGAGAAGAGUGCGCAAACAUGAAGGAGGGCAGCAAGUUUCACGGAAUGCUUUUGGCGGGGAUGUGUCUGCUGCUGCUCCUCACCUCGGCAGGUUUAGUUUUCCUGCUGGUUCGGCAGCGGGAGCUGGGAGAGGAACUGGUCACGCUGAAGUCUGAGAUGCAGGAGCUGUCUCAGAGCUGCAGACUGCACGCGCAGAUCCUGCCGGCCGACCUGCGAGAGGCCGGAGAGCUGAGGAAGCUGCAGCGCACCAGGAGGAACCACGACGAAGAGCCGACACAAAGCCAAGAGGAGAAGGACAUGCUGAUGCUGAUGACGUACUCCAUGGUUCCCGUCAAAGUCUUCUCUGAACUGUGUGACAACCCCAGUGGAAUUUGUAUGCCAGGUCCACCUGGCCCUCCAGGUGUGCCUGGUAGACCUGGUUUACCGGGGCCGCCGGGGCCGCGGGGGUCAGAGGGCAGACAAGGACGAAAAGGUUCACGUGGUCCUCCUGGUCCUCCGGGUCCAGCCUGUGCUGUCUGCUGCUCUUAUGAAGUGAAGAACCAGAACACCAGCGAGCGAGCACGUCCAACCAAGAUACUGACGGAGUCACAAACAGCUCUUCCAGGUGAAGACGGCAGAAAGGUUUCAAAUGUCUCCAAAGAGAAGCUCAAAAAUACAAGCAAUGAGUCAACGUCUUCUCAUUUGAACCACAGCCACAAAACCCCGACUGACACCAGCAGAGAAACGACCACAGAAAAACCAGCCACAGUAUCAACAGUCCUGCUUCCUGCAGGCGUCGGGGAACGCAGUGAGGCUGUCAGUGGGAGGAAUAAUGUUGCCGAGAGUACAGUCCAAAUGGAGCUGGUCUCACCUCGUCCAGAGGACGCCUGGGUCGAAGCCAGACCGGAAACUGGAACGGAAGGACCAAAUAAAUCAACGGAAGUGUUCUCAGCAGCAGACCCAGCCCACGAUUCCAGAAAUGUUUUGAGCGUCACUGAAUUUAGUGAACGUCAGCAGAAACACGUGAAGACUGAAGGCAGCACAUAUCCAAGGGAAAUAGAUGGAGAAGUUUUGAAUGUCACUGUCUCUGAAAACCAUCCAGAAGUGAAAAAAGCAUCAGAGCUAACUGGUGAACAUCAAGAGGACCGCCACAACACUUCAGAUGAAACUGAAAACACAACAGAAGGACCAAUAAUGUUAGGGCCAGUCCCGCCUGACGUGAAGCAGAAUCCUGAAACAGCCAUGAACACUGAGUUACCAACCAUCAGCCCAGCGGACCGCCGCAGGGACGCUUUUAUUUCCUCUGACUCUGCAAAACACAACAAAGCUAAACCUGAUACAGACAUUAAAACAGUCACAAGGAGACCAGUGACAAUAUUACAAGCUGUUAUAGAACAAGUUGAUGUCUUUGAUGACCGCAGAAAUGUUACUGAAACAACCAUCAACAUCAAACCAGCAGAAUCAUCAACAUCCAGUCCAGAUGAGAUCCUCAGAGACAGUUUCAUCACCACAGACUCCACAAAAAACAGAGUAAUGAAUCCUGAGCGAAUAGCUUUUACUCAAGAGGACCGAGCUGAUGGCGACUCUCAAACUGAGACCUUGAACGACAUCAGUGCAGUGAAUGUUACAGAAGAACCUCAGAUCUCCUCUCCCGAUCUGCAGACAUCCCGUCCAGCUGAAAACACGCCGUAUGUUUUCUUUGCUUCUGACUCUGAAAAAGAUGUAAAAAGGAAACCUGAAUCGUCAACAACACAUCCUGCUGAAAACAGCAGAGAUGGCGUAGCCGGUUCCCAGCCGACAAAUGGAAAAAAAACUAAACCUGAUCCAGCAACGUCUCAUCCAGAUAACGACUACGUCAGCAACAGUGAAAAUGUCACAGAGGGGCCAGUGAUACUGCUGCCAGUCAAGCCUGACGCAGGCCAAAGCAGUGGAGACGUCAAUGACAGCAGAAAUAACAUAAAGACAACCAUGAAAGCUGAUUCACAGACUCCUCGACCAGCGGAUCACAGCAGAAAUGCGUUUGUCGCUUCCCACUCAAGAAACGACCAAAGAGCUAAAUCUGAUCCAGCAUCAGCUCAUCCAGAUGACAGAGAAGAUGUUACAGAGAAGCCAGUGAUCUUGUUACCGGAUUCACAGACUCCUCGCCCAGCUGAACACAGCAACAAUGGGUUUGUUGCUUCCCACUCAAGAAAUGACAAAAAAGAGGAGCCGGGAUCGUCUCUUCCGGAUGACUCCAUGACAGAUGUGAAGAUGGAAACUGUGACAGAGGAGCCAGUGACGUUGUUACCAGAAUCAGCGACGACACGACCGGCUGAAAACACUCGAAAUGCUCUGACUUCUCCUGACCUGAAGGAAGACAUCGAAACCAAACCCGAGUCAAGAUCAACACAUGAAGGCAGCAGCCAUGAAUCCUUGAAUUUUACUGAAAACUCCACCAAAGCACCAAUCACAGCAUCAGCAGCAUCUAUUUCUGUAAAUCUGGAUGAAGAGAGAAAUUCUGUCAAUGCUACUGAAAACACUGAUGACAAACCCAUGAAGAGCGACUCGACUUUUAAUGGGACAACCAGUGAGAGAUGGAUAAAUAGUGACUGCUCCAUUAAAACCAUCAGAUGUUCGGUGAAGUCCUUCGAAAUGCAAAGCACGUUUGGAGCUUGGAUGUCCGAAGCCUCCCAAAACGACGAUGGUCGAUUCUGGUUUGCCGAGCAUUUCUCAGGCCGCACUCUGGUGGAGUCCAGGAGCAUCCUGUCAUUUCAAAACGUGAGCCAGAAAACGAUAGACGUCAGGAUGUUCUACCAGGGCUGUGGACACGUUGUCUAUGAAGGCUCGUUUUACUUCCACAAUGCAGGAACAAACAGACUCAUCAAACUUGAUUUGAAGACCAGAAGAACGAAGAGUCUGACCAUGCCAAACAGCAGGUACAACAACCUGACCUACCUGUUCCGCAAUUCAAAGACCUAUUUCAAGUUUGCGCUGGAUGAGAACGGACUGUGGGUCAUCUUCGCCUCGAGAACAGACGACAGCACGAUGGUCGCCGAGCUGAAUCCUGACACCUUCUCCGUGGAGUCCGUCUUUAACACUGGCUACCCCACGGCCAAAGCCGGGAAUGCGUUCGUCGUGUGCGGCGUGGUGUAUUUCACAGAUAACACUGACAGGAGAGUGACGUACGCCUUUGAUUUAAAGACGGAGACUCCUCUGGAUGCAGCUUUUGAUUUAAGAGCAGGUAAUGGCAUCUUGGCUAUGGUGUCUUACUAUCCAAACAAGAAGCUUCUGUACAUGUGGAACAACAGCGGAGUGAACAUCUGCAGAGUGAAGCUCCGACACACCUAAAGACAAACACUGUAUUAGGAUAAACGAUAAAACACUCUUUAUUCAUAAUGAUGUGGUGUGUAUUUUUAGAAAUACAGUACAUACAGUGAUCUGCAAAGGACCUAUAUAUACAGUUAUUUAUUUAUUAUAUCAUUAUCUAUUUUUUAUUCUCUGAUACACGUGUUGUGUUGGUGUUCAUUUGUGUCUAGAACACACUACAUUUAUAUGCAACCUAAUACAAGUUUUUCUUUUUGUCCUUUGCUGGCCUGAGAGCGAGAAACCAAACUUAUUUUUUCUGCUUUUGCUUGAAAAUGAUGCACAUGUAUAUUCCCAUAGUCUGUGGAGUUUAAUCUGCUGUAUAGUUUGUGUGUGACAUAAAGUAGUGGUGGCACUCAAUCUGGUUGUUGUAGCUGUAUUUGGAAUCAAUAAAAAUGUGUUAUGUAUUUUCAGA